CUGGGGGAGUGAAUAUAUUAUGUUUAAUGCAUGUUUCGGUCUUAUUUCUUUGCACUGCGAGUUUUUGAAGUAAGACUUUGAAAAGCAAAUAAAUUAGAUGAAUGAGUAAAUACUGUGAACAAUUUGAAACGUCAUGAAGGAAUGUUUAUCAUAUAGUGUUUCGGUGCAGAAUAAGUUAUUAAUUAAUUCAACUUUAAAUGGAUGGGAAUUAAGUGCAAAAAUGUAAAUGAAUUGACGAAAACUAUGCAAAUCAGAAGGAUUUCAUUUUGCAGAUGGCCGGUUCUUGCGUUUUAACAUUAAAGCUUUCAGGGAAUUGGGAAAAAACAAACGUCUACGCGUGCUGAUCCAUGUCACUCAACGCUCGAACGCACAUGUUAUUGGGCCAAAAGAGAAGCAAGAAUUACCGAAAAGAUGUCAUAACAUUUGGCUAUAUUGAGACGAUGCAUAUGGACGGAGGGAUGGAGUCCAUUAGUCCAAUAGGAUUUGUGGAAUCAUGGAUUUGCUUUUAAUCACGUGACUAAUUUGGAAAUCACGUGAUGUAAAAAAAUAAAGUGUAUUCAUUGCACGGAAAAUGAAUAAAAAGUGGUUACAAGUAUUAUAGUGCAUAAUGGAAUGAAAUUCUUUGGGUAGAAGAUAGAAAUCUUGUAUGGAAUAAAUCCAAUGAUAAGAAAAACUAUAAGAUUUGAAUCAAUGAACAUUCAAUAUAAUUAAACUUAACUUAAUAGUUAAAAGUCAUUAGGUUUAUGGGAAAAAUUUAAAUUGAAAAAUAAAAAGAAAUGAAGAAAAAAAUGGUCGAAUAAUUUUUCGAUGUGAUACAAUGUGAUUACGUGUGAUUUGUUAUCGUACGGACGGACGAACACAUGUGAUACUAUGUUUCCAAGUAAUGGAGUUACAGUCAACAAUUCUGUCGGAUUACGCAAUAUCAUUUGGAUUAUAAUCAUCAUGUGUUUCAACAAGUAUGCUGACAGCCAACUAUCAGGUUCCUUCGCAUCGUGUAAACGUGACGGAGAUCCGGUCUACAUUCCCAUGGUGUCCGAUAACCCGUGCAUAUCAUGCUUCUGCAGUAACAAAAUAGUGAAGUGUAGCCAGACCCAGUGCCCCAACGUAGAGGGCUGUUACGUCAUUCUGUUUGAUAACUUCCUGGAGGAUAAGAAGUGCUGUGACGUCUGCAAAGGUUGCAUGUACAAAGGACGAACGUACGCCAGCGGAGAGAGUUGGACCGACCCCCGCGACCCGUGCACAACUUUCACGUGCAGGGCUUCUGUGAUAACCAGGUCCCGGACUCAGUGUUACAGUCCGUGCUCCGACCCCGUGGAAAUCCCAGGACAGUGCUGCCCCUCGUGUCAAGGGUGUUACUUCGACGGCCGCCGAUUUGCUGACGGGGACCGGUUUAACCUGACCACAGAUUCGUGUGUCCAAUGUUCCUGCAAGGCGGGCAGCGUUUCUUGUGAGCAGAUGUCAUGUCCGGUGCUGAACUGUCCGAAAGCCGCCAUCUACACCGUUCCGGAGGACUGCUGUCCCAGAUGUAAAGGCCAACGAAAUAUAUAUAACCUACCAGGCGGACGAUGUUUUUACCAGAAGAAGAUUUACAGUGACGGACGACUGUUUAAACCUGAUACGUGUACAAAAUGCCAGUGUAAGAACGGGACGUCCUUGUGUGAGCGGGAGACUUGCCCCCAUCUCUCGUGCGCUAAGGAACAACGACUUUCGGUCCCCGGGUCGUGCUGUCAGGCCUGUCCGAAGAAGAAACAAUGCUUAUACGAGGGGGUCUUUUAUGCGGACGCUCAGCAGUGGAAGCCGGACACGUGCAAAGUGUGUGAUUGUGAUAACGGGGUCACACACUGCCAGACCCAACACUGUAACAACGCCCUCUGGUGUCCGCAGGGGUAUACAUUGCAGUUCGAUGAUAAAGAGUGUUGCCCAACAUGUAUAGAGACUCGGGCCGUGUGUACUGUUUACGGAGAUCCACAUUACAAAACAUUCGAUGGAAAACUUUACAAUUUUCAGGGACCAUGUAAAUACAUUUUAACUGAAGACUGUCUAAAGAAAUCAUUUUCCGUACGGGUACGAAAUGACGCCAAAACUAGCAGUAGUUUUACAUGGACAAAAACUGUAGUGAUAUUUAUAGAAGGUGUUAAAAUUCAUUUAUUACAACGAUUACGGGUAAAGGUGAAUAGAAAACGCGUUUAUUUACCGUAUAAACACAAUGAAAUUCCUGCUUUUACAAUCAUACAAACGGGUCACACUGUAGUUUUAAACUGGUCACGUGAGUUAAUGGUCACGUGGGACGGUGACAGUUUUGUGGAAGUGUCAAUUUCAAGUAGAUAUAAACGGAAAUUGUGUGGAUUAUGUGGGAAUUUUAACGGCCUUCAAUUUGACGAUUUCACGGGCAAAGAUGGCCGCCAAUAUAUGACCGGUGAGGAAUUUGGUGAAACGUGGAGAUAUGGGAGUCGAAGCGCGUGCGUAAUAAGACCGGAAGUGACGUCAGAAUCUCAGUGUUUGAACGAUACAGUGGCCAGUGUACGAGCAAAGAGGGAAUGCAGUUUCCUGCUCGGUUCAGUCUUUCAUAGAUGUAGACGCGUUGUAGAUGUCCGUCCAUAUUAUAGUUCCUGUUUAACUGACACUUGCGAGUGUCCGCAAACCAAGCGAUGCGAGUGCGAGGCUUUCCGCGCAUACGGCCGCACAUGCGCACAACACGGUAUGGAAAUAGACUGGGAGCCGGUUGCACCGUGUGCAGCGGAAAGAAAAUGUCCAGUCGGUUCUAAGUUCAAGAAGUGCGCAACACCCUGUCCCAAAACUUGUGAAAACUACAACAAAAUCGAGCCCUGCCUCAAGCCAUGCAUAAAAGGAUGCCAGUGUCGGUCUGGACUUGUUCUACACAACAAUGCAUGUAUACCUCCUGCAAGUUGCCCCGCCCGCUGACCAAUCUACAACAUUUAGCCGGGUUGUGCACGAUAUUUAUUAUAAACCACCAGUCAGUUGUAUUGGCUGGUGACAAGUCUAUAAAUAGAAGGGUUCUUCACGAUCAUGUUCAAGUUUUGCAACUCGCCUGUCAUGUUCGGCGACAAGUCUAAAACAGUUGGAUGGAUUCUAUUACGUCGGCUUGUAACCAGUAUAUAAUUAAUUGGACUGGUUGUUGACUAUUACAUGUGUACAAUGUAAUUCAACUUUUUGCCUAAGUGGCCAGUCUAGCCGGAAUGGAUUUUGUUUUUAACGUAUAUUUAUUUAUAUUGUUUUUACAUUUAACUGUAUUUUACAUAUCUUGGUUAGGCAAUCGGAAGCUAAGAAAAACACAAUCAAAAAAUCUUUGAUCCCACAUGCCCUUGUGAAGGCGCAUCAUUUUAAAGCUGUAUUCUCACAAAUUUGUGAGUGACGAUAUUUUUCUUGGUACACAUGUAGAUUUAAUGAUCCCAACGUGCAUAUCGUUAGCAUGCGAAUUCUACGCUUCUAGAUUAAUUUAAUGCCUGUCAAACUUAUCUUAUGCAAAACCACUUUGAAAAGAAUCCACAUAUUGAAUCUCAAUAUGUCUUUAUUGUACGCCCAAUAUCUGCUAUACCGGUGAUAGUGAAAUAUAUUUCAUUUUUUCAAUCACGAAAUUGUUUAUUUUUGACAUUCAGUCGAACCUUGUCGGCUCGAACUCGCUUAGCUCGAAUACCUUGUUGGAUCGAACUAGAUGAAUAAGACAGAUUUCUUUUAACUGUGGUGAACAUUACCGCUUGGCUCGAAUUUUCGUUGUAUAUGAGUUCGAGAAAACGAGGUUCGACUGUAUAAUAUCAUUGUUUGUUAAUUAUCCAUUCUAUAGGGCAUUUUGUUAUUUUCAGAACUAUGUUAUCAUGAAUCUGACGUUUGAUUGUCAAACAGUGACAAUAGUUAUCAUACAUAUGGCUUCAAAGGGUUUUACCCUAUAAACGUGAGAAAAUCCCUUUAACUCUAUAGUGAGGAAUUAGCCCGAUCAUUUCAGUGUUUAUAAAAAUGAGAAAAUACCCAAAUAUUACGGUAUUCAGUCAAAUGAGGUAAUACCUCAUUGUUCUUCCAAAUAAGGAUAUACCCGAUCAUUUCAGUGUUUAUAAAAAUGAGAAAAUACCCAAUCAUUUCAGUCUUUAUAAACAUGAGAAAAUACCCAAUCAUUUCAAGGUUCUUCCAAAUAAGGGUAUGCCCAAUCAUUGCAGUGCUCAUUCAAAUGAGGAUAAACCCAAUCACUUCAGUUUUGAUUCAAAUAAAGGUAUACCCAAUCAUUUCAUUUUGAUUCAAAUAACGGUAUACCCAAUCAUUUCAGUUUUCAUUCAAAUGAGGAUAUACCCAAUAAUUUCAGUUUACAUUCAAAGAGGAUAUACCCAAUCACUUCAGUUUUCAUUCAAUUGAGGAUAUUCCAAAUCAUUUCAGUUUUCAUUCAAUUGGGGGUAUACCCAAUCUUUUCAAGAUUCUUCCAAAUGAGGAAAUACCCAAUCAUUUCAGUGCUCAUCAAAUCCAUCUUGUCUUUCCUAAUAAUUGGCCAGUUUGUUUUUAAUGUGUAUGUUAAGCUUUAUAUGUUUCUUAUGUGUAUGGAGGCGGAAUAAGGCAGUAGACAGGCUGCGAAAGAUGACGUGUAUGUGUACCUGUUUGUGUAACUGUAUGCGUAUCUGUAUGUGAACACGUCCAUGUAAAAGUUGCCAUUGGGUUUAAAAUUCAUUUUAAUUGCCAGCUGACUGAUUAUCGCAUAAUCGCUUUCCUUCAUUCGGAAAUCCUCGGCCAUUUUCCAUCGAAAACAACCACGUAAGAACAUGGACGUUUUCAAUAUAGAAUAUGUUUUAACUACGCUGCAAGUAGGUCGUGUAGAAAUUUCAAUAAAGCAGUUAAACUUUAAGACUUUAUUCUAGGGAAUCUUAAUUCUUUAUGCUAUAAUUCACUUUAUUGGCAAUUAAUUUUAACUUGUAUACAACAUACACGUUAUUAAAAAAAAAUAAAAACUACUUCUACCGAUGGUGCGGCAUACAUCCGAGGUUGUUAGACGUAUUACACAUACCUGGAUGACGUAGUACACAAAAAGUAGCCCACACAUACACGUUCCCGUACAAGUAAUGUUUCUCGCCUCUCAUUUUUACUCCUAUUUCGCGUAUAUCUGAAGAUGUUUGUUUUCGAAGAUAAAGACGAUGAAUUCCGUGUAUACCAUCGUGUAUGUUAUUAGGCAUAUGGAUUUUAGUAUUUGUGUUAUUGGUGUGACAAAGGUUUCCAAAGUACAAUUUAUCUUUUUGUUUUGUUUUACCAAGCAUUCAUCAUUGACAAAAAAGUUUGAUUAGGUAGUUAGUUCCCUCAAACACUUCUACAAGCCUGUUUCCAAACUAAUGUUUUGACAGUGCUUCGUAAGGCGGUGGUUUUGUGAAAAGGUUUGUCGAAGUGUUUUCAAAAAUUAAGCUCUCAAUCAAAGUCUGGUAAAGACCGAAGGCUGGGCUCCGUAAGCGGUGUAGACUGCGCUUCGUUUCAUUCAAAAUGGUGUAGAAAUAGUAAAGUUAUCCUUGUUUAAAGUCUAUAUUCAAAGCAAGAUAAUUAUUGCCUUCCGACGUAACAUUUAUGACGUAAUUUAUCACGUGGUUUACAUGUAUAUCGUUUAAGAUUAACAUUAUAACAACAAAUCAAAAGUAGAAAUAAAUACAUGUACUUUAUCCUUGAACUUUUGUCAUUUUGUUGUGAUUAUAUUUUUGAAACACAUCUUAAAAGCUGCACUCUCACAGAUUAACCGUUUUGAGAACAUUUUUAUUUUCCGUCUGGGAAUGAACCAAUCUUUGCGUAAAUAUCUGGAAACCAGUUAUAUAAGACUGGUGGCAAAAUAUCAGACCACAGUUUUUGAUAAUUACGUUCGAAAAUUGAAGUUUUUUGGCUAAAAGCGUUACUUACGCCUUUACAAAAAAUGAGUUUUUCGGCAUAAAACAACAAUAUUCGCACGUAAAUAUGGAAAAUUGCGACCUGAUACUUUGUCGACACUCCUAUAUCACUGGUUCUCAGACAUUUACGCAAAAAUUGGCUCAUUCUUAGACAAAAAUAAAAAGGUUGUCAAAAUGAGCCAUCUGUGAGAGUGCAGCUUUAAAUAAUUAAAAGUAUAUAUUUUCAUCAAAAAAUAUUUAUUUUAAUUCCAUGUAUGUGUUUUUUUCAUGACUAUUUUCUUAGCAUGUUGUUUUAUUUUGUAAUUGUAUGUACAUGUACAUAGAUAUUUCUUAUUUAUUUUAAUUUUUUCUCAGUUUUACU